AUUUGAAAACAGAAAAAAGCGUCUGUUUAAAAACAAACAUUUAAAAUUUCAAAUACCUACUUAAAAGUUGUAUAGUUCAUGGUCUAGCUAGAAUGAAUCGAGCCAAGAAGUGCUGUGCCUAUCGUGAUUGCAAGACCGAUUCUGUGAACAAUACAGAAAGGACACUUUUCCAGUUUCCAAAGGACGAAGAACGAGCUUCUCAGUGGCGUCUUGCUGGAGCUGUCGAUCCCAUCGAAGCAGGGCCACAUUUUAUGUGUGAUCUGCACUUUUCUCGUAAAUAUAUGUGCUUCAGUGCCCGUCGGAAAAUGUUGCUUAGCAUGGCCGUUCCUAAACCGUACGGGUCGGCCGAUAACGAGGAAGAGUCGGAGCAAGUACAAAGUUCAUCACUGGAGCAAGAACAAAUUUCAACACUCGAGCUUACCGUUGAAGAACACCUGGAUGAAACUAUGCUUAAUGAAAGCGAUUCGGUUACCGAAAUAUUGUACAUCGAUCAAAUGGACACGGAGGCAGAAAGCAAAACCGCAGAGGAACAGACUCGACAAAAAACCAGCCCGCAAAAACGUUCAAUGUUCGAUUCGAUUGAAAAGCUUCCAGCAGCUAAGGUCAUCAAGAUGAAUAAAAUUCCCUAUGCCGCACGAUCAACUGUUGUGUCAUCCUCCACAUCCACCAAAGCACUAGCAACAUAUUCUCCCAAACCAAUCGCAAUACCACCACCAGUGGGUUCAGUGCUCCGCAAAGUUAAAUUGAAGAAGAGGUUCGUUGAGGCUACUAAGAAAUCUGUUCUCAAUGACACUAUUGGCAAGAAAGAGCCACAACCGUCAUCUAAGAUUCAUAUAGAAAUAAUUGAACCACCGGUCAGUAUAUCGCCAGAGAAGCUCGGCAUUUCUAAACAGUCGCCCGUUAAGCAGAUCGCCUCACCAGUAGCCACUAGUAGCAUUACUCACAAUUCAACUGAGAGCAAAAUGACUUCGUCCAAGAGUCCCAAGAAAGAGGCUGAGACAACGGCGGCAAAGAAUGAUUCAACCUACGAGUUUAUCUUCAAGGGGGAGGAAUAUAUACAGCUGCCAAAGGCUCAGUAUUACAGCGAGAAGAAAGAACUCGAGCAACGCUUAAAUCGAUCACAGGACGAAAAUACUCGACUACAAAAGAAAUUGGAGUACUAUCGCAAUAUGGUGAAGGAUCUGAAGGAGUUUUUAAAUGCGUUGUCGGAGGAGGAAAUCGAGUGAAGGCAUAGUUGAAAAAGAAAGAACGUUGUAACUAAGCAAAGUGUUACGGAGCAGUAGUGUAUCAUUUAUUGUAUAACUAAUAAUUGUUACAAUGCGAUGUCAGAACGAUUAAAAUUCGAGCUAAGUAAACAUAACGGGGUAUUAUACUGUUGUCACACUCGCUUAUUUCCAUUCCAUAGAACUCGUCAUAAUCAAAAUACACUGGAAGCGUUGCGACACUUCAAUGCGAAUAAAACGAAGAGUAACUUUAUCAUAUUCAAUUGAGUGUUUAAUGCCUUUCACAAUU